AUGAUUUACUCAAGAGAAGGUGAUUCAUCUCUUUCAAACACAAACAUUACUAACUGCAUUUCACAACAAGCUACAGCUUUUAGAUAUGAUUAUAUGAAAUCAACAACAAAAGUCAAAUUUUGUAAUUUUGAAAAUUUGGAAGCAACUCAAAAGGCAAUUUCUAAUCUUCAGAACACUGAUGGGAUAAUUGAAAGAUGUAAUUAUAUAAAUAAUUCCCAAACAGAUAAAAAUUAUGGAUUAGUUCAUGAAUAUAACAAAAGACUUGACGUUUUAGAUUCAGUUUUCAGAGAUAAUCUAAAGAACAAAAAUGGAGCUAUAUUUUCUACAAUUAGUGGACAAAUUUAUAUAUUUAAUUGCAGUAUUGAUACUUAUUCACAAUCUAAAAAUGGUGGAACUAUAUCCACAUCAGAAAUGCCAAUGAAACCAUUUUUUAAUGACUUAAAGUUCAUUGGAAUAAGUCCAUGUGAAGGUUCGUUACUAAUUGCUCAAAAUAAAGACAAAAAGGAUUCAAUUUAUAAAAAUAUCAAAUUAUUAUCAUUAAUUAACUUUUUUUAUCACAACAUUUGA